AUGGCCUACCGUGGAAAAUGUGUAUUCCUUGCACUGCUGACUGUUUGUUGCCUGUUAUUAUCCAAACUUGAAGCAACGCCAAACUCCGAGGCCGAGGCUGAGGCUCUCCUCAGAUGGAAAGAGACCCUUGAAAACCAAACAUCUCUCCGGUCGUGGACAUGGCCGGUACCGUUGAAGAUCAACAAAAAUGUCACAACAGGCCCAUGCACGUGGUUCGGAAUUGCUUGCAACAUGGCCGGAAGUGUCACAGAAAUAAACCUACCAAACGCCCAAUUAAGAGGUAAUCUUAGCAGCUUAGAUUUCUCUUCCUUGCCAAACCUCAUUAGCCUCAAUCUCAAUCACAGCAUUAUCACUGGUCCAAUCCCAUCCCAAAUUGGUACACUCUCAAGACUGACCCACCUUAAUCUCUCCAUGAAUUUUCUUUCUGGUAACCUUCCCCUUUCCCUCACGAACCUAACUAACCUUUCCUUGCUCUACCUAGGAAAUAACUUGAUAAGUGGAGAGCUAGACCCGCGUCUAUUCACUAACUGGACAAGGCUUGAAUACCUUGAGCUCCAAAACAACAAUUUCACCGGAGUCCUGCCUCCAGAAAUAGGCCUAUUGACAAAUUUGAAAGAGCUAGCUUUGAUGGACAAUCGUUUCAGUGGUUCAAUUCCAUUUGAAAUAGGAAAUUUGAAAAACUUGGAUGUUUUGGCUUUAAGUGGAAACCAUCUAACAGGUCCUAUUCCUCCAUCUCUUGGUAACCUUAGCAAAUUAACUAUAUUGUUUUUACAGCAGAAUAACCUGUCGGGCCCCUUCCCUCAGUUAUCUGGUUCAGUACCUGAAGGAUUAGCAAAUCUCUCGUCCCUAAAGAUACUCAACCUUGGUGACAACAAAUUCUCUGGUCACUUGCCACCUCUCUGUCUAGGAUCACGUCUUCAGACUUUCACCGCAUCCUCUAACAACUUCUCAGGUCCCAUACCGAAAGGCUUAAGAAACUGCGAAAGCCUCGUCCGCCUUUCAAUAAAAAAGAACCAGCUCACAGGAACGUUAGACCAGGACUUGGGAGUAUAUCCAAAUCUCGGCUACCUUGACUUGAGCUACAACAACUUGAACGGGGUGCUCUCAUAUAACUGGGUAGGGUGUAGACAGUUGACAUCCUUAAAACUCGCAGGCAAUAAAAUCACUGGUGAAAUACCCAGUCAGGUGCCACCUGAAAUUGGUGGGCUUUCCCAUCUGGAGGAGCUAGACUUCUCUGCCAAUGGGCUGAGCGGACAAAUCCCAGAACAAUUUGGGGACUGCUCAAAGCUGCGCAAUUUGUACUUGAGCAAGAAUUACUUCAAUAUGUCUAUCCCAAGUAAGAUUGGCAAUCUAGCCAUGCUGGGCUCACUAGAUCUUAGUCAAAAUGUACUCACUGGUGAAAUACCUUUUCAGCUUGGGAAUUUGAUAAUGUUAGAACACCUGAAUCUCUCUCACAACAACCUCUCAGGUGCCAUUCCCUCUUCGUUCAGGCAGAUGACUGGCUUAACCACCAUCGACUUAUCAUACAAUGAACUGGAAGGUCCACUUCCUGAUAAUGAACUCUUUCGCCGUGCUCCUCUGAGUGCAUUCAGUAAGAACAAAGAUUUAUGUGGAAAAGUACAAGGUUUGCGGCUCUGCAAUGUUACAUCACCGGAGAAUGGUACAUCACCGGAGAAUGGUGCUCAAAGCAAAGAGCGCAAAGUUUUUGUCAUUGUUGGAACUUUGUCUGUAAACCAUCAAAUAAUGGAAAUCUAUUCUCAAUUGAAUUUUGAUGGGAAGAUUGUAUAUGAAGAUAUCAUCGAUGCCACCAAUGGCUUCAACGACAACUAUUAUAUUGGGGUGGGUGGAAGUGGAAGAGUUUACAAAGCUGAGAUGCCAACAGGACAUGCACUAGCAAUAAAGAUAAUCCAGUGCCUGGAAGGUGAAGAGAUAGACAAGAUCAAGACUUCCCAGAAUGAGAUUCGAGUAUUAACAGAAAUACGACAUAGGAACAUUGUUAAAUUUUAUGGAUUCUGUUCCCAAGGGCCACACAAGUUCCUAGUUUAUGACUACAUUGAGCGGGGAAGCUUGGCUAGCAUCCUAAGCAAUGACAAAGAAGCCCAAGAACUGGGUUGGAGCAAACGGGUGGACAUUGUCAGGGGCAUAGCAAAUGCUUUAUCUUACAUGCAUCAUGACUGCUCACCACCAAUCAUUCAUCGGGACAUAUCGAGCAAAAAUGUGCUUCUGAACAGUGAGUUAGAGGCGUGCAUCUCUGAUUUCGGCACAGCAAGGAUUAUGAAGACGGAUUCUAGCAAUUGGACACUCGUUGCAGGCACAUAUGGUUAUAUAGCCCCUGAGCUAGCAUACACAAUGAGGGCUACUGAAAAAUGUGAUGUUUACAGCUUUGGUGUUUUGGCUCUUGAAGUGAUAAUGGGAGAACAUCCAAAGGAGCUUCUUUCCUCCCUGAGCAUCGGUGAGAAAAGCAUUGAGGUAAUGGAAGUGCUAGAUCUGCGUCCCCCACCUCCUGCUGUUCUUUUUGAGAAACAAGUGGCUUCUGUAGUGAAGCAAGCACUUUCCUGCUUAAGCAUAAGACCAAAUUCCAGGCCCACCAUGCAAUGGGUGUCUCAGGCAAUCAUGGAAGCUUAAUGAUGCAGAUUGGUUUACAAGCAGAACAGUCAGAGAAAAAAAUUCAUAUCUUGUGAUUUCGACAUCAGAUGGAGACAAACUUUGUCUCUUUGGAGAACUUAUUCA